CAUACUGGAUGCAAGCAGGAGUCAAAUCCUUUGACAACGUGACUUCCUAUCAGACACUCAUUGGCCAGCGAGUGUCAAAUAGAAGAGGGGUCCAAAUGCAAACCCUUGGCGAAGGGGGCGAUGAGUGUGUCUAGCAUUGAAAUGGAUACUUUCCGAAACUGUGGAACAAUUUGAUGCAUGUGGGAUAUAGCCUCCACUCUUUCACUUGUACCCAUGAACUGGCCGCCACCUUCUCCUAGACAAUGAAGACAACUCGCAGAUGCAGGACUCUUCUGUCGGUGGGCUUGAACUUCUUUGCCUUGCUCUUCGCCAUCACGGCUUUCAUCACCACUUACUGGUGCGUUGGGACGCAGAGGGUGCCCAAGCCCAAAUGCAGCAAACUGCGGACCCACCAGUGCAUCGACUACGGCGUCAACGAGACCGACCCAAACAAGGUGGUCUACAGCUGGGAGACCGGGGACGACCGCUUCCUCUUUCGACAGUUUCACACUGGAAUCUGGUUCUCGUGUGAGGAGAACAUCCACGAUGAAAGUGAGAGAUGCCGCAGCUUCAUUGAUUUGGCUCCUGCAUCAGAGAAAGGGAUGCUGUGGCUGUCACUGGUUUCUGAGAUGCUGUACAUAGUUUUGCUGGUGGUGGGCUUCAGCCUCAUGUGUUUGGAGCUUGUCCAUUCCAGCAACAUCAUUGAUGGACUCAAGCUCAAUGCAUUUGCUGCAGUCUUCACUGUGCUGUCAGGUCUUCUGGGCAUGGUGGCUCAUGUGAUGUACACUCAGGUCUUCCAGGUCACUGUCAGUCUGGGACCUCCUGAUUGGAGGCCUUAUAACUGGGACUAUGGCUGGUCUUUCUGCAUGGCCUGGGCAUCCUUCACCUGCUGCAUGGGUGCAUCGGUAACCACACUCAACUCCUACACAAAAACUGUCAUUGAAUUCAGGCACAAGCGCAAGACCUUUGAGCAGAGCAUUCGAGAGGAACACGCAAGAGAGGCUUUUGAAUAUUUCCGAGAGCCGUUGGUGCACUCCAUUUCUAAGUCUGUCGAGGUCUAUUCCAGCCAGAGCCUUAAGAGCGGCAGGAAAACACCCAUACCAGCGGACUCCUUAGACCUGAGUGACAUUCGGGCCUCAUUGGGGGAAGAGCAGUGCUGAAACUGAGAAGACAGCUUUACUUGAGACUGCUUGGUGGACGGAGGAAGCCUGGUGGUGUUCAUUUCGAGACAGCAACACCAAUGAGCAGUUCAGGCCAGAUAUUUAAACACUGCCUUAAUGGAAUCUAGUCCCCAGAAAAUGGAGAUGUUGAACAAGCCAAAACAGCAGAGAAAAAAAAAGACUGACAGGUGAUGGUCAGGUGUUGUUUUGUAAAAUGUAGAUGUUAAAGAAAGUUGUCGAGUGUAUUCCCACAAUUCCAGUGAAGGUCACAGAUGCUUCUAGCCUUACUGAACAUGUUGUGAAAAUGCUGUAUUAAUAAGGUUGUGUUGAGUUCUUUAAAAAAA